AUGGCUGAGCUCAAGUCGCUGGGCGGCGAGGCGUACCUGGCGCUGGCCCCGGGCUACGGGCCCUCGGCUUUCGCCUACGGAGCCGUUCGCGGGGGCGCCGAGGGCCCGCGGGGCGCCUACACGGGGAGCGGCGGGGCGGACUUCCACGCCGGGGCGAUGGGCAAGUCGGCGGAGAGCAGCGGCGAGCAGAGCGGCGACGAGGAGGACGGCUUCGAGGCGGGAGUGAAGGGCGGCGCGGGCUUCGAGCGAGAGGGGAAGCUGAAGGGGGGAGCCCUGGGCAAGAAGCCCAAGGAGCAGCGCUCGCUGCGGCUGAGCAUCAACGCGCGGGAGCGGCGGAGGAUGCACGACCUGAACGACGCGCUGGACGGGCUGCGCUCCGUCAUCCCCUACGCCCACAGCCCCUCGGUGCGGAAACUCUCCAAAAUCGCCACGCUGCUCCUGGCCAAGAACUACAUCCUCAUGCAGGCGCAGGCCCUGGAGGAGAUGCGGCGGCUGGUGGCCUACCUGAACCAGGGCCAGGCGCUGAGCGCGCCGCUGCCAGCCACCCUGAACCCCUUCGGACAGUCGCCCGUGUACCCCUUCGGCGGCGCGGCCGUGCCCGGCUGCCCCGAGAAAUGCACUGCCUUCACAGGAGCCGCCUCCGCCCUCUGCAAACACUGUAACGACAAGCCUUGACUUCUGCUUUCUUCGGGCUUUUUUUUUCUUUUUUUUUUUUCUUUUUUUUUUUUUUUUUUUCUGUGCACUUUUCUUUCCACUGCCAUCAGCCCUGGCUUCCUUCCAUCAGUUAAGUCUGGGGUUUUUUUCUUUUUAUGUUCUUGUCUUAAACACCCCCCUCCCCUUUUGGAAACAUUUGGCAGUUCACGUCGACCCCCAAAACACCCACUUUCUACUUUAUUUAGUUCCCCCCUCACAUGCAACUUCAUGUGUAGAGUUAUUUCCUUCCCAGCCUGUCAGUGGAUUGUGAGCGUAAUGUUGCUUUUCGCUUGCUCUGAGCUACAAAGUUUUUGAGCAGUUUUGAAACAGAACUAUAGAAAAACAGAGAGGGAGAGAGAUCUGGAAAUGGAAACCUCAGUGAAUUUGCUUUGGCAUGAUCGACCUGUGUUAAAAAUAGAUUAAAAGGAGGGAGAGGGAGCAAAACCCAGCUGCAAACUAUGCAAUGUUUCAGAAUCAUGAGCAGAGGGGGUUCUGUGUAGCCAGCUGGGGUUGGACUAUACACCAGACCCAAAUGGAAA